AUGGCUUCACUCUACGGGGGUGUGGAGGGGGGAGGCACGCGGUCCAAGGUCCUCCUACUCUCCAAGGAUGGGCAGAUCCUGGCAGAAGCAGAUGGGCUCAGCACGAACCACUGGCUGAUCGGAACAGACAAGUGUGUGGAGAGGAUCAACGAGAUGGUGAACACAGCCAAGCAGAAAGCAGGGGUGGACCCUUUGGUACCUCUGCGCAGCCUGGGCCUAUCCCUGAGUGGUGGGGAGCAGGAAGACGCAGUGAGGACCCUGACGGAUGAGCUGAGGGACCGAUUUCCCCACCUGAGUGAGAGCUACUUAAUCACCACGGACGCUGCCGGCUCCAUCGCCACAGCUACGCCGGAUGGUGGAAUUGUGCUAAUCGCCGGAACAGGCUCCAACUGCAGGCUGGUCAACCCCAAUGGCUCGGAGAGCGGCUGUGGUGGCUGGGGCCACAUGAUGGGGGAUGAGGGCUCAGCCUACUGGAUUGCACACCAGGCAGUGAAAAUGGUGUUUGAUUCCAUUGACAACCUCAAGGCAGCACCUCACGACAUUGGCUACGUCAGGGAGGCCAUGUUCAGCUAUUUCCAGGUGCCCGACCGGCUUGGCAUCCUCACCCACCUGUACAGGGACUUUGAUAAGUCCAGGUUUGCUGGGUUUUGCCGGAAAGUUGCAGAAGGUGCUCAGCAAGGAGACGGCCUCUCCCGGGACAUCUUCAGGAAAGCCGGAGAGAUGCUGGGCAGACAUGUGGUGGCUGUGUUACCUAAGAUUGACCCGGUCUUGUUCCAAGGAGAACUCGGCCUCCCCAUCCUGUGCGUUGGGUCCGUGUGGAAGAGCUGGGAGCUGCUGAAGGAAGGUUUUCUUCUGGCUCUGACCCAGGGCAGAGAAGUCCAGGCUCAGGACGCUUUCUCCAGGUUCACCCUGAUGAAGCUGAGGCACUCCUCAGCCCUGGGUGGGGCCAGCCUUGGGGCCAAGCACAUCGGACACUCACUGCCUCUGGACUACACUGUCAACGCCGAAGCCUUCUUCUCCCACACCUUCUCCUAG